AUUCACUCUUCAAGGUUCCUACACCUUUCCUCAGAACACCUGCUGCGCUGUCCACCACUUCUUCAUCGGGUCAAGCUUACUUGCUCGUUGAGGGUGUGGGAGCUAGGUAGGAAGGGAAAAGGGAAACAAAAACAAGGGAAAGAGGACAAGGAGGGGAGGGGGAGUUCCGCUGCCUGGCCUAGGGAACAGGAGGAAACCCUGCAGGACACUCAGGCGUGUUAUGUGAUCUGAUAAAGCACCUCUCUCUCUCACACUCUCACUGCUGUGCCUGGAUAUGAUCACUGACUUUGCCUUUUCUACCCAUUCACCACCCCGUCUCCUUCACUCCUUCAUAACCUUCCUCCCUCGCACCCUUAUUCACAAUACCCGUCCUCCUUUAUACCUACGGCUUCCUGGGCCACCUUGUUCCGUCCGUGUCUUGUUCACACUCUCUCCGAGUCUACUUGUCGCUUGGAUAUAUUAGUAUCUGGUUCAUCCACAUCCUCCUAGGGUGCUACAUCUCUUCUUCAACCAGAAUCAGACAAUAAAUCUUUUGCUCCAGCUUCCAGCUCAACGUUUUUUCCGUUCUAGUACAUCGCUGCCGCUUUUAACGCCCCUCCUAUCAUCAUCAGAAGAACCCAGAUUGGCUCACCAUAUCAAACGCGACGAUGCGUGCUUCUCUCGCCCUGGCAGCUGUCUACGCCGCUGUCACGGCCAGCGCAUUCCAAGGCUUCAACUACGGAUCCACCUUCACCGAUGGUCGGGCCAAGACACAGUCGGACUUCGAGUCUGAGUUCAAGACCGCAGCAAGCCUCGAGGGCACGAACGGCGCCUUCACAUCUGCCCGCCUCUACACCAUGGUCCAGGGCGGAAGCACCAAUGACCCCAUCUCGGCCAUUCCCGCUGCCAUCUCGACCAAGACUACGCUCUUGCUCGGUCUCUGGGCCUCAGCCGGUGAAGCCGCCUUCGCUAACGAGCUUGAAGCCCUGAAAAAGGCUCUUGCACUGUACGGCUCUCAACUCGGCGGCCUGAUUGCUGGCAUCUCGGUCGGCAGCGAGGAUCUCUACCGCCAUUCGCCCACCGGCAUUGCCAACAAUGAGUUCGCCGGCGCCGAGCCCAACACUCUUGUUAAGUACUUUGACCAGGUUCGAGAGGUCAUCAAGAAUUCGCCUCUGAGCAGUGCCCCUCUUGGCCACGUCGACACAUGGACUGCCUGGGUCAACGGCAGCAACAGUGCCGUCAUUGACGCUUGCGAUUGGAUCGGAAUGGACGCCUACCCCUACUUCGAGAGCACCAAGCCCAAUGACAUCUCCGACAGCAAGGACCGCUGGGCCGAUGCCUUGGGUGCCACUCAGGCCGCCGUCGGCGGCAAGCCUGUCUGGGUCACGGAAACCGGCUGGCCUGUUAGCGGAAAGACGGUCGGUGCUGCUGUCCCCUCGCUCGAGAACGCCAAGAAGUUCUGGGAUGAUGUCGGCUGCCCCAUGUUUGGCAAGACCAACGUCUGGUGGUACACUUUUCAGGAUUCUUCUCCCACCACUCCCAACCCGAGCUUCGGUGUCAUCGGCUCGACCCUUACCAACAAGCCUCUGUACGACCUCUCAUGUGAUAAGGCCAGCUCUGGAUCGUCGUCUUCCGCCUCUGCCACUUCGACCAAGACCACAUCUGCCAGCGCUUCUUCGCAGACUAACGGUGCCGCGUCCACGUCUGCAUCUGCGUCUGCUUCUGUUUCCGCUUCCGUUUCCGCUUCCAAUUCUGAUCCUACAACUGCCUCCUCCACCAGUGGCGGCUCUGGCUCUGGUUCGGGCUCGAGCCAGCAGAGCUCCUUUUUUGGCACCGCUACCACCCUGACGACCGCCGUGCCGACUAGCGGCUCUGGAGCUGGUGGAGACGGCAGCGGAACGGUCAGCCUAACCGGCAGUGCAGCGCCAUCUGCUUCCCAGGGCUCUGGCUCCAGCUCCGGCACUAGCCGCCCCGGUACUAAUGGUACCGUCAGCGGGCCAACAACGGCACCCACCGUUGUCCCUAGCAGUGGUUCUACUUUGACAGCCCUCAGCGUCGUUGUGCUCGCCGGCAUGGCUGCCUUGGCCAUGUUGUGAGGCCCGGGGAUGGUUGAAGGAGCAUUCGGUUCUUGGCGUCGACAGCAUUGGCUUUACAUCCUUAUAAUGGUCAGUUGAGGUGGACAAAUAACCAGCAUCCGCAUAUCAUGCGGCGACGAGGAAACACAUAGGGGGGAGAUUGGUUCAAAAACGACUGGUUUCCUGCAGAGCUUUAGUAAUGAGAAGGGGGGAGCAGGAUAAUCGGUUAGAUGCAGAUACCUACUCUCCUUUUUGGGCGAACAAAUACAUUUGCCAAUCGGCUGGCUAUGAACGUAUCAAUCAAAAGUUUUCUUGUUCAUUGCUUGAUCGUAUUCAAAAUUGAGACUAAUUGCGUGCUUGUAUCGGACAGACACAAUUCAAUCCACGAGCGUAAGGCCCGUCAACCUAACGAGUCAUGCUAAUCCACUCGUAUUGAGUAAAUCUUUAGUAUUGUGAGACGUACAUAUCCAAACGGUCAGCAACGCGUGCUGGUAUACCAAAAUGGGCGGCUAGACACUGUUCCCUCGACUAAAAUACACCCCAACAAGUGUCUUUUUGUACCAGUGUGUUAACAUAACAUUAGAACAAAUGCCAUGUUUCGGCGGGGGGCGCAGUCUAUAAAUCCCCUCCCCCUCGCUUCUCUAAAGCGCCGUCAUCUAUUUGCAGCUUUUGCGUCUCGGCGCAUCUAAUUGUCAAGUCUCGUCGCUCCUCGUCGCCUGGUACUCCCCAUCCUUUGC